CAACUCAUCGUUAUAGGAAGUACUUUGCCAAAGUACUGAAUAAUGCUCCUGAACUAAAAGGAAAGAAUACUCAUAUCAUUGUGAAUAGCCUCAUCAACUCAUCAUCAAUAACAAGAGAUAAUCCUAAAUAUCAAGAUGAUCUACCGAUGUACUUAGUAAAUAACAUGACUAUUGAUAUUAUAACUACAAUGCAGGAUUGA